UGCGCCAUAUGGCUAUAGAGACGCCUGAGCCAUCUCCUCUUCUUCCCUCUAGCCACCUGCUUGGCUUGCGGGAACCGCUGUCCCACUAUCCCAGGUCGUUUCUCCUUGAUUACUACUUCUAUUCUUGUGUCAGCCUGUCCCAUCUGGACUUGAUCAUCCCAUGUCGAGUUCUUCUUCUAGGCGCCCAAAGAAUCACCGGCUUGUUGCUGCGGUACACAAACGGCACCCACUCCACGGCUGGACAAGUUCGGUUGAAUUGCCUUGAGAAGCCACUUCAAGCUAGCGGUCUGCAAACGUUAUGGCUCGGCUUCUCCAAACGAUAUCACCUCCCGUUCGUGUCUGUUUUGGAAGUAUCAGCACCGGGACCGAGGCAAGUUGUAUGCUGUUGGUUCCAAGUUGAGCUUUGCGGUGUGUUGGAGUGGUGGUUUUCCACGACACAAUGCCAAGUGCAUCACAAGGGCAAGUCAAGCCCUCUCACUUGCCUGUAGCUGGGACGUUGCUCUGGCCAAUCUGCAAAAUUAAAGUCGACCUCGCUUUUGGAUGUACAAUGGCGUACUUAUCGCCCCAUUCGGUGUUCGUUGACCACGUGGGCCGACUAUAUCAAUAUUCUCGUUCCUAAAAGGGUGCUCAAGAUCCAUUUGAUUGAAUAUGACCCAAUGUUCACAGUUCAAUGUCCACAUAAUGGUAGGCAAACUUGCCCUUACUAUACC